UUGUGAUCGCGAAUACGUCUCACGUGAACAUGAAGCUAAUUGGUGCCGUACUAACGGUCCUGGCUUUGGCCAGCGCAUCUGUAAUUGACUUCCAGUACACGAAACGCGUAGAAGAUCUGGACAUCUUUUGGGAACAGCUGGAUCCUCAGCUGCAAGCGUUGCGACCAUCCCCCGAUGGGCGUAUUGUCAACGGUCAGGAAGCGCAGCCCAACCAGUUCCCGUAUCAAGCUUUGGUACUAAGCUUUUUCGAUGGUGGCAACUCGGGAUUAUGCGGUGGCACCAUAUUGACUGCAAAUUUCGUUCUGACUGCAGCCCAUUGUGUACAAAUAGGAACCGUAGCCACUCACGGUACAGUGGUUUUGGGAGCUCACAACCGUCAGGUCGUUGAAGCAACUCAGCAGCGAUAUAGCUUCGACCAAAUCAACGUUCAUCCAAGCUACAUUGCAUCACUGCUGCGUAACGACAUCGCCACGGUACGACUAUCUGCGCCAGCCGUGUUCAACGCAUUCGUUCAACCGAUUGACAUCCCGGCCGUUUCGGACACAAGAACGUUCGCUGGAUUGACUGGCAUCAUUUCCGGAUUCGGACGUACCUCCGACGAAGAUGGAUCCCCUGCCAGCGAUGUGGUGAUGUUUUCAAGCAAUCCAAUUUUGACCAACGCCGAUUGUGUUGCUUCGUGGAAUUCCAUUAUUAUUGGGGCUCAGAACAUCUGCUUGUCUGGAGCUGGUGGGCGCUCUGUUUGCAAUGGAGACUCUGGUGGUCCGCUGGCCGUGCAGGAUAAUGGCCGCAGCCUGCAGGUUGGUAUUGCUUCGUUUGUUCACGCGACCGGAUGUGCCUCGGGUAUGCCUUCUGGAUUCGUUCGGGUGUCCCACUAUCUGCAAUGGAUCGCUGAGAAUAGUGAUGUUGUGCUCGGAAAUUAGGAGUGAAUAAAAUUAUUCAAAACCCAGAUUAAAUCUGCAGCUUCUUUGUACCUCAGACAUGUUAGAAUUAAAAAUAUUACUAUCAGA